AUGCAUCUUGCAGAGCCUCCGUACGGCGGAUACGGACACCCACAGGGCCCUCCUCCGUCUGGGCCUCCUCCUCCCCACGGCUAUCAGCAGCCUCCCUACCCGCCGCAGCCAUACGGCGCCCCUCCGCCAGGCCACUAUCCUCCCCCGCAGCACGGUCACUACGGCCAGCCGCCCCCGCCGCAGGGCGGAUAUUACGGUGCUCCCUCUCCCCAGCCGCCUGUUGGAUACCACGCGCCGUCGCCGCAGCCCCCGUACGGCCAUGGGCCACCGCCUGGUCAGCAGCCACCUCAUGGCGCGCCCCCGCACGGGCAACCUCCCCACGGCCACGGUCUUCCCCCGAACCAGCCGCCUCCCGGUGGUCCUGGCUACCCGCCGCCCGGCGGGUAUGGGGCACCACCACCUGGAGGCCUUCCGCCGCCCGGCGGGGCAUUCCCGGGACACAGCGCACACGGCGCACCGGCCCUGCCAUCGGCUGGGUAUGCGCCGGGCCAAGUGGCACCGGGAGAUUUCCGCGGCGAGGCAGACGCGCUGCGCAAAGCGAUGAAGGGAUUCGGCACUGACGAGAAGGCACUGAUCCAGGUGCUGGCGCGACUGGACCCGCUGCAGAUGGCCGCGGUGCGCGACACAUACUCGCGCCACCUCGGCCGCGACCUCUACAAGGACGUCAAGUCCGAGACCGGCGGGUACCUGCGGCAGGGCCUGCUGGCGGUGAUUGACGGGCCGCUGAUGCACGAUGUGCAGUGUGCGCGCGAGGCCAUCGAGGGUAUCGGCACCAAGGAGUGGUUGCUCAACGACGUGCUGCUGGGCCGCAGCAAUGCGGAUCUGAACGCCAUUCGCAUCGCGUAUGAGCGCACGUACCGCAAGUCGCUGAGCAAGGACGUCGAAGACGACCUGUCUUUUAAGACGGCAGGUUUAUUCGCCUCUGUUAUCCGUGCCGCCCGCCACGAGGAGUCCGCCCCCGUCAACCCGCAGACCAUCGACGCCGAGGUCCGUACCCUGCACGACGCCACGUCCGCCCGCAUGGUCAACAACGUCGCCGAGGUCUGUGGCAUAUUCGCUCGCUCGUCUGAUACCGAGCUCCGCGCUAUGAGCCAUGCCUUCCAGUCUCGCUACCACUCCUCGCUCGAGAAGCAUGUUGAGAAGGAGUUCUCUGGCCACAUGGAGGACGCCCUCCUCCACAUUCUCCGCACCGCCUCUGACCCCGCUAUGCGUGAUGCUAUCCUGCUUGAGGACUGCAUGCGCGGUAUGGGUACCAAGGACGAGCGCCUCGUCGUCCGCGUCGUCCGCGUCCACUGGAACCGCGCCCACAAGGACCAGGUCAAGCGCGCUUACCGGCACAAGUUCGGCAAGGACUUGAUUGAGCGUGUGCGCGGUGAGACGUCUGGCGAUUACCAGCGCUUGAUGGUUGCUCUGCUUGAGUAG